UUUGAAUUCAGCCGAUUUGAACUAGCGCACCCUUGCGAGGUUACAUAACACCUCGCUUGUAGAUAGUAGAAUGGAUAAGGUAAUAGUUUUCAACCUGAUUCCAAUGGACAUAAAACUGAAGCAUUUGCAUCAGUUUUGACUCGUGGAUCCCAGGUGGAUCCUCUGCAAAGCGCACCCGCUACCCAAGAUAAAUCCACGCGAACCCGCCACAACACAACCUUUAACCCAUUGCCUUCAGUACCGCCUUCUCGUCACUCAUCCGACCCAAUCUCCAAUCCGUUCAAUUACCUUCUCUUUCUCUUGCGAAUCGGUCCCAGAUCGUUGUUGAAAUACUCGAGUCAAAUUAGGAAGGAGGGAGAGAAUUCAGACGAAAGGAUGAGAAAUCGUAAUUGAGAGGCCACGUGGUCGAGGGUGGUCACGGUCACGCGCUGCAUGUCCCUUGUCGUUCGCCAUAUCGCCCCGCAUCUUUUCACAAGAUCUAAAUCUGGUUAUCGUCCACCCCGCCACUCACCACUCUCAUCUAUCACGGUGAACACGCCGGACAAUACCUCGGGACCUGAAAUCUCGCAACUAUCUGGCAACUGUAGUACGGACUCGAGUGGGGGUAGUUUUCCUUUUAGUAUUGGAAAUCACGACUCUUUCGGGACGGAUAGCUCGAGCUCGAUGCACAGCUCUUACCAGCAAAAUUUCGGCCCCGCAUCUUCCUCUCCCCAGCAGUCCUUAUCGAGACCUAAGAACCACUCUCGGUCGCAGUCUCAAUCCUACGAGUCCAGGACCAUGGAUCUGACGGACAUGCACCCGCCUCAAAGCCCUGACUCAUUUCACUCUAGCUCCGUACAGGGUCAUUCAAGUUUUGGUCAGAAGCCAAGGGAGGUUGAGAUAAAAGAAGAGAAGGCAAAGCUGGAGAAGAAUAUUGUGAAGCUGGAGGUGAAGAUGGAGAAGAAGGAGGAUGAGUGGAAGUUGGAGAGGGAAAAGUUGGAGAUGAAAAUCGACAAGAAGGAGGAGGAGUGGAAGUUGGAGAGGGAGAAGCUGGAGAAGGAGCGGAAGGAGGAGAGGGAAAAGCUGGAGAAGGAGCGGAAGGAGGAAAGGGAAAACUGGAGAUGAAAAUCCACAAGAAGGAGGACAAGCUUGAGAAGAAGGAAGAGGAGCUGAAGGCAGAGAGGGCA